AUGGCGUUGCAUGUCGCCCUUUUCGACACAAGCCGCACACGUAAGCACCAUGCCCACACCUUGUGCAGACUUUCACUUAACACCCUCGAGAGCAAGGAGAUCGACCCCAAUAAAGUCGGCUCUACCACGGACCCAAAGUCCUCAAAAGCCUAUGCCACGAGAACUCACACCAUGCCCGAUUGCAUCGCCUAUCCGGCAAACGCGCCCGGCCAGAAUAACCGAAAUGCCACGCCCACACCUUGCACGGCAUCAAUUGACACGCAAGCAUGGAGAUCGGCCCCAAUAUGCCUUGGGUUCAUCGGAGGCGUUGAGCGACCUGCAGGCCGUCGGGAGCAAGCGGGAGGCAGGCCUUUGCCGCAGCCGUCGGGGGCAAGCCCAGGAGGCCCAGGCCUUGCCACGGGCCGUCGGGGCAAGCGGGAGGCAGGCGCGCCACGGGCCGUCGGGGGCAAGCCCAGGAGGCAGGCAGCGCCACGGGCCGUCGGGGGCAGCGGGAGGCAGGCCUUUGCCACGGGCCGUCGGGAGCAAGCCCAGGAGGCCCAGGCCUUGCCACGGGCCGUCGGGGGCAAGCGGGAGGCAGGCCUUUGCCGCGGGCCAAUCGAGGAGCAAGCGGGAGGCAGGCCUUUGCCACGCAGACUGUCGGGGGCAGCAGCGGGAGGCGGGCAGCGCCACCACGGGCCGUCGGGGGCAAGCCCAGGAGGCAGGCCUUUGCCACGGGCCCGUCGGGGGCAAGCGGGAGGCAGGCACUGCACGGGCCCAAUCGGGGAGCAAGCCCGGGAGGCAGGCAGCCGCCACGGGCCGUCGGGGGCAGCGGGAGGCCCCAGGCACUGCCACGGGCCGUCGAGGGAGCAAGCGGGAGGCAGCGCCUUGCCACGGGCCCGUCGGGAGCAAGCCCGGGAGGCAGGCACUGCCACGGGCCGUCGGGGGCAGCCCCGGGAGGCAGGCCUUUGCCACGGGCCGUCGGGGGCAAGCCCCAGGGAGGCAGGCCUUGCCGCGGGCCCGUCGGGGGCAAGUGGGAGGCAGGGCACUGCCACGGGCCAAUCGAGAACUGGGAGGCAGGCCUUUGCCACGGGCCGUCGGGAGCAAGCGGGAGGCCGCAGGCACUGCCACGGGCUGUCGGGGGCAAGCCCAGGAGGCAGGCCUUUGCCACGGGCCGUCGGGGGCAACUGGGAGGCAGGCAGCGCCCACGGGCCGUCGGGGCAAGCGGGAGGCAGGCCUUGCCACGGGCCAAUCGAAGGAGCAAGCGGGAGGCAGGCCUUUGCCACGGGCCGUCGGGGGCAGCCCAGGAGGCAGGCACUGCCACGGGCCGUCGGGGAGCAAGCGGGAGGCAGGCACUGCCACGGGCCGUCGGGGGCAAGCCCAGGAGGCAGGCAACUGCCACGGGCCGUCGAGAGGCAACUGGGAGGCAGGCAGCGCCACGGGCCGUCGGGGGAACAGCGGGAGGAAUUGGGCACUGCCACGGGCCCGUCCGGGGCAAGCGGGAGGCCUGGGCACUGCCAGACUGUCGGGGGCAAGCCCAGGAGGCAGGCACUGCCACGGGCCGUCGGGGGGCCCAGGAGGCAGGCACUGCCACGGGCCGUCGGGGCAAGCUGGGAGGCAGGCCUUUGCCACGGGCCGUCGGGGGCAAGCGGGAGGCAGGCCUUUGCCACGGGCCGUCGGGGCAAGCCCAGGGCAGGCACUGCCACGGGCCCGUCGGGGGCAAGCCCAGGAGGCAGGCACUGCCACGGGCGCGUCGGGGGCAAGCGGGAGGCAGGCACUGCCACGGGCCGUCGGGGGCAAGCGGGAGGCAGGCACUGCCACGCGGGCCCGUCGGGGGCAAGCCCAGGAGGCAGGGCACUGCCACGGGCCCGUCGGGAGCAAGCCCCAGGGAGGCAGGCACUGCCACGGGCCGUCGGGGGCAAGCCCAGGAGGCAGGCAACGCCACGGGCCGUCGGGGGCAAGCGGGAGGCCCUUUGGGCACUGCCACGGGCCCGGUCGGGGGCAAGCGGGAGGCAGGCCUUUGCCACGGGCUGUCGAGAACAGCGGGAGGCCCAGGCCUUGCCGCGGGCGGGAGGCAGCCGGGAGGCAGGCGCGCCCACGGGCCGUCGGGAGCAAGUGGGAGGCAGGCAGCGCCACGGGCCGUCGGGGGCAAGCGGGAGGCAGGCCUUUGCCACGGGCCCAAUCGGGGAGCAAGCGGGAGGCAGGAGCCUUGCCACGGGCUCGUCGGGGGCAAGCCCCAGGAGGCAGGCCUUGCCACGGGCCAAUCGGGGAUCAAGCGGGAGGCAGGCACUGCCACGGGCCGUCGGGGGCAAGCCCAGGAGGCCUUUGGGCAGCGCAGGCACUGUUUUGGACUUGGAAAGGGAUGGUGCUCGGCACUUGACCUUUAAUGUUUCAAGACUUGCUUUGCCUUGA